GUUCAGGUCGCAUACGACGGCGCGUGUCACGACUGCUGAUCUGAAGGGCUGAAGCCAGCGUUGGUUCUGAAUCUGCGACGGGCGUAGAAAAAUCAAUGGCCGGGUCGUGGUGCAUCGGCGACGACGGUGGUCUCGGACGAGUCUGAACGCGCGCGAGUAGAACGAGGACUCUUCGUGGUUUCUUUCCGGCGUGACUCGACGAGCAGAUCGAAAGGGAUUUCGAUCUCGCAACUUCCCUUCCGAGAAUCGCUGUCGCGCAAGCGUUCCUUCACCCGGGCGGCGUUACAUCCUCGCCUCGCGUGCGCUUGGCUGUCUUUUCAUCAUGAUACCCGAGAACGUCAGCGUGCAUCGUCAGUGGUCCACUGGCAAUCGCGUUCGCUGCACAAAUCUCCAAGGGAAUCUCCGCGCGAUGCAUCGAGUCAGAGUCUGCAAUCCGGACUAGAUGGAGGCGAUGACGACGUGCUGGAUAAACCAGGAAAGUCGUAUCGCAAACGCAAUCUUGUUGCAUCAUGACGGCUGCGCCGAGGGAACUGAUAUAUCACGGCUGAAAUCACCUCGUGAAAUCGCCAUUCAACGCGCGGCCUUCGGAUACGCGUCCGCUUCCGCGGGAAAAGCGAUCGCGCGUGGCGUGCACGCUCCAGUACGACGCCGACCGUCGCCGGAUGAGGAGCAUCCGUUGUCACGAGCCACGUUCCCAUAUAACCGGUCGAUCGACGAAGCUCACCGAUAAUCGGCACCGACGUCAACGCGCGGCCGGCAGGAGAAAACCAGCAAACAAAACAAAAUCGGCGCCAGGAAUUUCUUCGGGAGGAAACAGUGUUCGAGCGGAUCGAGGAGAAAAGAAUUGCGGUGAAUUGCCAUUCACGCAGACAUCGGAUACAUAAAAAAGAAAAAUGCAGAACGCAUUUGAGGUCGACGAUAAUGACGUCAUUUAUAAAGAUGUUGUCAUCAUAGGAAAUGGGCCUAGUGGGAUAUGCCUGUCGUAUAUGCUCGCCGGAAAUUGGCCUUACUACACUGGCGAACCUCAUCCCAGCGACGAUAUGCUGACGGCGCGAUUGCGGUUCUGCACUACCGGCAACGAGGAGUGCGGUGACGCGCCGGAGGACGCAAACACUGGCGUGACCACCAACAAUCGCCAUCAGUGCAGCAAGUCCGGCGUCGGCAGGAUGCAGAAUGGCGGGCUGGCACGCAGCACACGCUGUAAACUCGAAUGCCUCUCCUCUGGCAUCGAGGGCAGAGGCGGCGGCCGACCGCUGGCGCUUCUCAUGGACCAGCUACAGCAUCCGUGCGUCGACGCCGGUCUCGAUGUGCCGUCACUUAUCAACUGGAGCUCCGCUGAUGAACAUCCCGAGCACAGAAUCGUGGACCACGUCGUCCUUGGCAAGGGCCAACCCGGCGGUGCCUGGCAGUCUAUGGAUCCCAAUGUACUAACUAUCAGUCUGAGCCGAUGGAUGUCACUUCCUGACUUGGAUCUGAGGCAUUGGGAGAAACUCGUCGAGGUUGAACAGUUACAAAAAUCAGUUUUAGCCGCGAAAAGCAAUGUACAUGCACGGCUGGAAAAACUGAGCAUUUGUAAGGCGUCUAGCCGAGUUUCCGUGGGCACCGUGGCAGCUUAUUACAAGGACUAUGUACGCAGGAAAGGUUUAAAACAAUAUUUUCGAUGUGGGACCACAGUUACUUCAGUAAGACCAAACUUGGAUUCGCCUGAGAGCAAAGAAGGAUACAAUUGGAUUAUAGACGGUUAUGAGAAUAAAACUGGUAAACGAUUUCGAUAUCAAUGCAAACGGGCGGUUCUUGCAACCGGCACAACCGAUUUAUCAAAUCAUUUGGAUAUCCCGGGCGAAAACACGAAUCCCAAAUGGGUAACGCACGAUCUCAAUGAUUUGGAAACUCGUUUGGGACAUUUGGUCGACGAAUGUGGCAAAGAUUCAACCGAUGAACAAAUUCCACCCGUGUUGGUAAUCGGAGCUGGUUUGAGUGCAGCCGACGCGAUUAUGGCUGCACGCUUUCGAGGCAUACCCGUGCUGCAUGCAUUUCGCAAUUCGUUGAGCGAAUGGGACAAACAAACUGCUGAAAGGAUAACUACUAGUUACGAUCGACUGCGAUGGCUGCCGGAUUCCAUAUAUCCGGAAUAUCAUAAAGUAUACGAGAUGAUGGCCGAUGGAGGUACAAAUUAUCCUUUAUACAAAUCGUUGCCGGGAUACACACUCGUUAGUCUCUGUGAGAGUCGUGAAAAUGGAGAUAUAAACACGAGGAGAACAGUUACUUUUUCCACUUCAGACGAUCAGCUGCAUACAUUUGAAGUGUCCAUUGCGGCUAUUCUUAUUGGAUAUAAACCAGAUCUAUCAUACUUAAAGGGCGGUGGCUUGGGGCUGGGUAAAUUUGCGGACAAACCAAUCGAUAGUAAAUCGAAUCCAAUUCAAAUCGAUGAUUUCACAUACGAAGUAAUCAACGCGCCAAUAAAAGGACUUUACGCGUUAGGACCUCUAGUCGGCAACAAUUUCGUUCGCUUUGUUCUAGGCGGUGCACUUGGAAUUCUGGCACAUAUUCUGUGUACCACAAAUACCUGAGAGAUCUGACAGCCACUCGCGCGAUUCAGUCGUGUCUUAGCAAAAUUAUUUUAUAUAUAGACAUAUUAAUAAUGGUAACGUAUGACUUCUGCUCAAUCCGUAUGAGUGCCGAAAACAAAAAAUAAUUACUGCUUAACAUUUAUAACAAAGAAAUCACUCGAUAAAUCUGUUUGUACAUAUUAUUAAAAUUAUUUUUAUAUUCCUUUCCAUACUAUCUUUCGCGAGAACAUCGAUUUUUAAAUGUAUAUAACUAUGUAAUGUUCCGUCGAAAUAUUCCCCUGAAUUUAAUGAAAGAUAAAGAGCGAAGAAAUCGUUACAACGUUUUACUCAACGAGUAGUGAUUUACAACGUGCGGAAAAAGAUGAUAGUUUAAAAGCUAUUUUAGAUUUGUUUGCGCUUAACAUUCCAUUCUGUAAGGGAAAUCAUUUAUGAGAGAGAUAUAUCAAUAAUACGACGUGUAUCUAAAAUUAUCAUGUUAUUACGAUUAUAUUAUAUAUUAUCGAUCUCUCCAUAAAUAUAUUCUCAUUAUAUAUUCUACACAUCUUAUAGUUAAUAUAUAACUAUUGUGGAAUCUGUGCUAUAACGAGUUUCGUAAAAAAAAACGAGUAUAAAACAACGAAACUCUUAAUAUAAAUUCUGAUACUAUGUAUAUACUUAGGAUUAAUCUAUGUUUGCCUUUUUAUGAUUAAGUUAAAUAUUCUUUUAUGCACAUUUAUCUGGACACGGAUAGGAGUGCUUUUAAUCGUUUUUACUUUUGUAAGAUUAGGAUUACAUUUAUAUAUACUUAUACAACGGCCGGAUAAUUUUGCUUAUCCAAAUGCACAAGCAUUUUUAUAUUGCAUAUUAUUAUUGACAGUUACAGAUGAAAAUACACCUUACGGAGUGAUUGUCACGUUUUAAUUUUUACGUAACAUCUUUGAUCCGCCGUGUAAUAUGCCUCUACAUCUCUUAUUAAUAAACUGUGAUUACUUUAGUGAAAUAGGCUAGUAACGCUCUGUUAUUAAUGUAAGUAUAUAUGUACGUAAUACUACCUUUUUAGUACAAAACGUUUUCACUUAUUUUUUAUUAAUCGCGUUAGGUUAUAAAUAACAUUACAAAUAACCUUAUUGUUUAUAUUUUACGUGAUUUUAUUUAUAUGCGGUAUAUAAGCAAAUAUAAUUACAUAUUAUAUUAAGUUUACAUGUUAAUGAAGUUUAGUCAAUUUAAAAAUGCGUUAAAAAAAGAGAAAUGUACUUUUCAUAAUUGUAUUUGAAAUGCAGAAUUUUAUAUUGCUCUUUGAUAAUAUAUUAUGAAAAUGCGAGAAUAUGUUUUUGUUUAAUAUAAAUUUAUAUGUUAAUAUGUACUUUAAUGCGUAUUAAUGUAAGCCUAAAAUGUAUUUCAUAUGUUAUAACAGAUUUGAUAUUAGCAGUAAAGCAAAGAAUUGUAGUAUAUAAA